AUGGCUGAGCCUAGUCGCGACCCUGUGGAGGUCUGUAACGUAAUUGGCUUAAAGCUGAGUCGUCUCUUAAAUAAGAUGCGAAACAAACUCACCCAGGCGGGCCAGCUUACUGUAGAGGAAUAUUUUGCCAAGAUAAGAGAUCUGGCGGUGCACCUCCAUCAAGAAAACCUGAUCCUUAAGAGCAAGCUUAACGAGAGGGCCGUUGAGUCACCACUCGGUAAAGAGUUAUUGCAAACUUGCCAAGUUACGGUGAAGGAGAUCUCCAAAUCAGCCAAAACCUUGAGCGAAAGCACAUCUGUACAAUCUGGCAGACCGAGCUACGCGGCUAUGGGUGCUGUAGCGCCUCCGGUAACUGUCCAGGGCCAAGGGCGAAAAGUUGCAAAGCCACAUGGUGACAAAUGCACGGCCUUAAUCUACCCCAAGGACUCGACCCCAAACACCUCAAGCGAGACCACCAAAGCCCUUAUUCAAAUGACAGUGAAACCGCAAGUCAUGGGCCUAAAGAUCAGACGUAUCUCCAAGAUACUUAAUAAUGGUGUAGCUCUCGAAGUCGAGAACGCAGAGCAACUGCGUAAGUUGGAGGAAAUUAAAGAGCUCAGAUGCAUUGUUAAUAUAAAAAAGUCCAAAAAGAGAAGGCCAAAAGUCCUAGUGUACGAUGUUCCAAAAGAGCUGGAUGGCAAAACUCUGACCGAGGUGGUGUACGCUCAAAACAACGAGCGAAAGGAGUGCACCCUGGAAAAUUUCCAGAAAUCAUUUAGACCUCUAUUUAAGACUGGACCCAAAAAUAAGCCCACAAAUAACUGGGUAUGUGAAGUUUCCGCAGAGACCAGGAACUCGCUUAUUAGGGCUGGCCGAGUCUUUAUUAACUGGGCCAGUUGCAAAGUUAUCGACCACCACAUCGUGACUAGAUGUUACAAGUGUCAGAGAUACGGACACAUGGCGAAAGACUGCAAGUCGGAAGUCGACGUCUGUGGUCAUUGCGCGGCGACGGGGCAUGAGACCAAAGCCUGUUCCCACAAAGGGGAUAAGACGAAGGCAAAAUGCGUGCACUGUUCCGGAGAAAGGGGCUCCGGCAGGCAUUCCGGUCAUCCAUCAGGGGACCGCAAUUGUCCUAAACACCAGGACGAGAUUAACCGCCUGGUCUCACUGACCGAUUAUGGCUGCUAG